CCCCGGGCUCGCGCUCUUCCGCCUUAGGCAGCCGCUGGGCGGGAGGGACUAAUCCCCCGAGCCCCCACCCGGGGGGACUGGGGGCCGAGACCGGCCAGGGUAAGGGGAGGCCUCAGCUCCUUCCGCCCGCGCCCCGGCUGCAGGCGCCCGCUCGGGGUCGCGGGGCAGGGGAGAGAGCGGCCGGUCGGGUACUCCCCGAGAGGUGAGAGCGGCCGAGUUGGGCCACGAGGGGGCGCUGCGAAGCUGGGGGACACCCCUCCCUGCCUGCCUCAGUCCCCCGCCCCCUCCCCGCCCGCGCGCAAAACACACUCGCCCCAGAGGCAGCGCGGCGGAGCCGGAGCCGCGGCCGGAGCGGAGCCGGAGAACGGCGGUGGUGGCGGCGGCACCAUGACCCUGGGCAGCUGCUGCUGCGAGAUCAUGUCCUCCGAGAGCUCCCCGGCCGCGCUGUCCGAGGCCGACGCAGACAUAGACGUGGUGGGCGGCGGCAGCAGCGGUGGGGGGGAGCUCCCUGCCCGCUCCGGGCCCCGCGCCCCCCGGGACGUGCUCCCCCAUGGCCCCGAGCCUCCCCCGGAGGAAGCCGAGGCGGACGCAGCUGAGGACGAGGAGUCGGGCGGCUGCUCGGACGGCGAGCCCCGCGCUCUAGGGCCCCGGGGGGCGGCGGCUGCAGCGGGCCCGCUGGUGAAGCCGCCCUACUCGUACAUCGCGCUCAUCACCAUGGCCAUCCUGCAGAGCCCCAAGAAGCGCCUGACGCUGAGCGAGAUCUGCGAGUUCAUCAGCGGCCGCUUCCCCUACUACCGGGAGAAGUUCCCCGCCUGGCAGAACAGCAUCCGCCACAACCUCUCGCUCAACGACUGCUUCGUCAAGAUUCCCCGCGAGCCGGGCAACCCGGGCAAGGGCAACUAUUGGACGCUGGACCCGGAGUCGGCCGACAUGUUCGACAACGGCAGCUUCCUGCGGCGGCGAAAGCGCUUCAAGCGGCAGCCGCUACCGCCGCCGCAUCCACAUACGCACCCUCACCCGGAGCUGCUGUUGCGUGGCGGGGCUGCAGCGGCGGGGGACCCCGGCGCCUUUCUGCCGGGCUUCGCCGCUUACGGAGCCUACGGCUAUGGCUACGGGUUGGCGCUCCCGGCCUACGGCGCACCCCCACCGGGCCCGGCCCCGCAUCCGCAUCCACACCCGCACGCCUUCGCUUUCGCCGCCGCCGCCGCUCCUUGCCAGCUGUCUGUACCCCCAGGCCGUGCCGCUGCGCCUCCACCCGGACCUCCGACGGCCUCGGUGUUCGCAGGCGCAGCCUCGGCUCCGGCCCCUGCGCCUGCCCCCGGUGCAGGGUCGGGCCCGGGCCCCGCAGGCCUGCCCGCUUUUCUGGGCGCGGAGCUGGGCUGCGCCAAAGCCUUCUACCCCGCGUCCCUGAGCCCUCCCGCAGCCGGCACCGCGGCUGGUGUGUCCACCGCACUCCUGCGCCAGGGCCUCAAGACGGACGCGGGCGGUGGUGCGGGCGGCGGGGGCGCUGGGGCCGGGCAGAGGCCUUCCUUCUCUAUAGACCACAUCAUGGGCCACGGUGGCGGCGGGGCCGCACCCCCGGGCGGAGGCGAGGGCUCCCCGGGAUCGCCGUUCGCGGCGGCGGCGGGUCCUGGAGGUCAAGCCCAGGUCUUGGCCAUGCUGACUGCCCCGGCCCUGGCUCCAGUGGCCGGCCACAUCCGCCUCUCCCACCCCGGGGACGCGCUCCUGUCCUCAGGGCCCCCGUUUGCCGGCAAAGUCGCCGGCCUUAGUGGCUGCCACUUCUGACCGCGUCGGCUAAGGGCCGGUUAGGCCCGCACUCCUCAGCCUCUCCCGGGAGCUCCUGCGGUCCCAGCGGAACUCAGGGAGUCUAUUUAUGAAGAGUCUCCAGACCUUGGGCCGGCGCGCGUGACUUGGCACUUCAGGCUUCACGCUCAGAAUCUCGCCGAUAGUUGGGACGAAGCGGGCUCCCUAGCUCAGGGAGAGGCCCGGGUCUACGCGAGGAGGUCGCAAGCCAUGAUCCCAUUCCAAUUGGAGCAGUAAAAGAGGGAGGGGGGAGUCUU